GAAUUGAACUGGCACCACAAAAAAGUUUACUGUCCUAUAAUAAGAGGUCUUGGAACAUAGUGCUUUUUUUCUGUUCGCCUGGGUUGAAACAAGUCUGAAACAUAAAAUGCUGCCAUCACUUUAACUCCAAAACCGGACCUGACACAUUGCUUAUAUAAAGCAUUAUAUAAAACAAUGAUUCAAUCCCUCCGCCGCGCAACUCCGAUUUUACCCGAGACAAUAUGUCAUUUCAUCCCAGACCGAACGCAAUGGUUUGAGUCGUUUCUUGUUUUAUCUAAAAUAUUUGUUUUAUCACGUGAGAAACAGCACUCUAACUUAUAAACGUAAAGUUAUUUUGUUAAAGCUCUCUGCCACACUGUUGUCUGUGGAGGGUUAUACAAUGUCAUUAUGUUAUAUAAGUGAGCCACAUAAAGAGCCAAUAGGAACGCGGAUUGUGCGUCACGUGUGUCUUUGCGCUUACUUCGGCGAAUUGCGUAUGAAAUCCAAAUAAGCUUUUGCAGCUGAAGCUAACUGGCUAGUAACUCGGAUGUUGUUCCUCGGUGAACGCUUUAUUUUUAUAUGUUUUUGUUCGUUUUAAAAAACGAAACCAUGACACUCGGAUUAAUCAGAAUUCAAUGUUUUUGGGAUACCGGGUCUGAUAGAGUUUGUUUGUGGAGUACGACAAGCGGUAAAAGAGCAGUUGGUGUUUGCUAACUCACGUUAGCUCUCUCAGCUUCAGUGCUCCCGGGAUCUCUUACAUAAAAACAACAGGCGAUCAGCUGUAACUCAGUUGAGCUUGUCGGUUUGUAGCAAACGUUUAGUCAAUAAAUACGUUACUUUUGUUAUGUAAUUUAUAUAUUAAACAUCAAAGUUUAUUUGGUUUAAGUUUAUAUACUAUCCGAGCCACGAGUUUGUACAAAAACAAAUGUAAAAUAAGCUUAACUUGCUAAGGCUAAUGCUGGAAGGUUUAACCAGGAAACAAAAUACUACAUGAUUGAUUGAAGGUUCUUUUUUUAUUGUUUGUUGUCAGGAGACGUUAUCAGAGUCGCUGCUAGGGAGCAAGAGGGGGCUUGAUAAGCUGAAGGUUUAAUAAUUGAAUAUCGCUGAACCCUAAGAGAAGAUAGAGUGUGUGUUUGAAGGGAAACCGCAUCCCACGCCGGGUUUAUUACCAGAUGAAACAUAGUUGGCGUUUCAUGUGACUUGUCAAGGAACAGGGAUGUUAUAUAGGCGCCCUAAUUUACUGAAUUGAUGUCGUAUAGUUUGGAAAUAGCCCUAACCUACUUCCGAUGGCUAUCACUGCGAGUCGGAUACAGUCGGAGGUCUGGUUUGACAUUAAAACUUUCAAGUGCCAGUGAGGGAUACUUCGGGACUAUGAUGUUUGAUCGCGGAGAACUUUGUCUGCUUUAGUCAGACUAUCGGGACAUCUUUUUUUCUUCUAUCUCGCCGUAUCUCGUCUGGAUCAGAAGAUGGAGACUGGAGUUAGGUCUCACCAAGGCGAGCUUUUCCUCCACCCGCUCUCCAACCCUGGGGCUGCGGGAAUCUGCCCCGAAAUGUUGGAGGUGGCAGAGGAGGCCAACCGGGCAGGUGACUUUAACCUGGCCGUGGAAAUCUACAGCUCCCAGCUCGCAGAUCUCCAGCAACCGGACAGGGGUUUGUGUCUAAGGAAAGCCGACUCUCUCGCCCGCGCUGGGCGAAUAUCUGAGGCGCUAGACUCGUACUGCACGGCAGCCAGUCUUGGUAAACUGCGCCCGGAGGAGCUUACCCUCCUGGUGGAAACUAUCGCCCGGACUCUGCGUGAGAAAGAGCUGGGCAUCCCCAUCACUACAAACGGACACAGUAAAAGCAAUAGUGGAGGAGACGGGGUUCAGAGUGAUGGAGAGUGUGAAGAGGACGAAGCCCUGGACUUGUUUUCUUGUCGCCUCUGCAAAUGUUUGCUUCAUGAGCCUACAACUGUGGAGUGUGGACACACUUUCUGCAAACGCUGCUUGGAGAACGACUCUCUUAAAGAUUGUAUACACUGCAAGCAACAGCUGAGCAAAAAUGACCGACUACCAAAUGGCAGAAGAAUGAACGUGGUCAUCAGCGGCCUGUUGGAUAAACUGUUUGCAACUGAGAGUAAAGCUCGCAAAUUUUGGAUCGAGGGAGAGACUUUAUGGCAAAAACAGAGCCUCUCUGAUGCAUUGGAGAAGUACAACGCAGCAGUGGAUCUAGUGCCCUCUUCUGGCAGGCUGCUGUGUCAACGGACUGAGCUGCACAUGGAGAUGAGGAACUUCAGCCAGGCAGUGCAGGAUGCCAGCAGCCUCUGUAGAUUAAAACCUCUCUGGACAAAGGCUCACUGUCUGAAAGCCACAGCGCUGAGUAAAGCUGGCCGGAAUGACGAGGCCUUGCAGGAGUACUUCCUGUGUGUGGCGCUUAAGCCCGACUGGACCAAAGUGAAACUGGAGGCUCAGAAGGUUCUCAGCGAGCUGUUCUCCUCCGUGUUCGAGAAUGAGGACCUGCCAACUCCGCUGCACCCUCUGCAGGGAGGGCUGGCUACACGUCUUAUCAAACCCCCCGCCUUGCUCAGGUCACUGAGACCACUGACACAGAAACCAGGCUGCUCAUCACAGGACUCAGAGUUCAGCAUGUCCAAAAGUGCCCCAGUGGACAACUCGUCUUCCAGACUCUCCCCUCUGUCUCCUGGCCCAUCAGACCCUGCUGCAGGGGAAGGCAGCUCCAAGAGUCUGGCUGAUGUUUUAGCUGCUCUUCCAGCACCCCCUGGUGGCCUUAAGAGAAAAUACAGCAGUGAUGGGCCUUCUGGCACCUUCAAUCCACCCUCCAAACUUCUCAGAUCUGAUGAGAACGCCAUUCAGACGGCUGCAGUUUGUGUUGGGAGGAUGGUUCCUGCUGAGCUUUUGGACAGUGGAGACAUGGAGUGCUCACUCUGCAUGAGAUUAUUCUAUGAGCCUGUGGCUACUCCCUGCGGACACACCUUCUGCCUCAAAUGUCUGGAGCGCUGCCUGGACCACAACCCCAACUGCCCUCUGUGCAAGGAGAAUCUAUCAGAGUAUCUUGCUACCAGGGGUUACAAUAAGACCUUUCUGAUGGAGGAAGUUCUGCAACGUUACCUAGGAGAUGAGCUGGCAGAAAGGAGGAAAAUCCAUGAGGAGGAGAUGAAGGAGCUGUCCAAUUUGAACCAGGAAGUGCCCAUCUUUGUGUGCACCAUGGCCUUCCCCACCAUCCCCUGCCCACUGCACGUAUUUGAGCCACGUUAUCGCCUCAUGAUUCGCCGCUCCAUGGAAACAGGCACCAAGCAGUUUGGCAUGUGCAUUGCUGAUGAGCUUAAAGGCUUUGCUGACUAUGGCUGCAUGCUUCAGGUACGAGAUGUGAAGUUCUUUCCUGAUGGUCGUUCGGUGGUCGACACAAUCGGUGUGUCCAGGUUCAAGGUCCUAAGCCAUGGCCAGAGAGACGGCUACCACACUGCUAAGAUUGAAUACCUGGAAGACAAGAAGGUUGAUGGGGAGGAGCUGACUGAACUCCUGAAGCUGCAUGACGCUGUGUAUGAGCAGGCCAACGGCUGGUUCAGCUCACUAAAAGACAACAUGAAGAGUCAGAUACUCAGCCACUUUGGACAUCUUCCCAGCAAGGACCUGGACCCUCAGGGCAGUCCUAGUGGUCCAGCCUGGUGUUGGUGGCUGCUUGCCGUCCUUCCACUGGAGAACCGAGCCCAGCUCACAAUCCUGGCCAUGGCCUCACUUAAGGACCGCCUCAUCGCCAUCAGAAGGGUCCUCAUCUUCGUCACGCGCAAGAGACCACGGUGAUACACCAGCUGCUCAAGAGGGCUGCGGGAGAGUCUAUGCAGUUCAGAAAAUUAUUCCGUUUGUUCACUGUCACCGCUUUGACUGAUUCAUUUGCUAAGUUAUACAUUUUUACUCUUUGUUUCAGUCCUUUAUUCGAACAUCAGUUCACUUUAAGAUCUUCAUGAACUCCUUUGUGUGACGUAUGUAGCCUUUCAUUGCACAUCUGUCUGUUGAUGGCGUCAGGUUGUUUAGGGUGCUGAUAUGAAGGCACCCUCCAAACCCCUAUCAUCUCUGACUGAGCGACCUGUUGCAUCUCAUUUUCCAUGGACAAGCUGGUGAAAACAAGUGGAUCUUUUGGGUUGAUUUGCCUGACUUUCUAUGAUGAAGGAACAAAAACAUGUUGUCACAAAAGCAUUGAGAGCAAGAAUAGAUCAGGUGCAGGAGGAAUUCCUCAUUCCUGCAAACAGUAAGCAGUAUUUAACAGAAGGGGAGCAGAGCUGAAAGACCUAGAUUCACAGCUGUGACAAUGACGGUGUAAAUGAACCUGCCGAAGGAACAACAAACCCUGCAUGAUGGCAACACACAAGCGAAUGUACUGGUCCUGCUAUAGUAUGUGGAUGGUUUUAUUAUUUUUAUUAGGUUUUUUAAAAUAUAUUUAAUUUUUUUUUUUUUUUUAAAUUCCAUUUUUUCUUUUUUUUUGUCCCGCCUUACAUUUUUCAGAAUCAGUCGGUGAGGUGCACGAGAUCAAACUCAUCUAUAUGCAGCACCCUCUGCUGCCUCAUUUUAAAUCUUCCUGACUGAGCCAAAAACUUGCCUGGCAGUUGGUUUGUACCUCAGAUUGUCUGAAAGAAAAGUUAACGGGUGCUAAGAUUGUGAUUAUUCCCAUUGUAACACUACACACUGCAAACUAGUGUGUGAGAAGAAGCGCAACUCUACAGCAGCAUGCUCUGCUUGUUUUGAGGAGAUUCAAAACAAGAUAUUGAGAGAAAAAAAUAAGCUGAGUUAUCGCACAAAUUCUGAUUGCAUUAAAGAAAAUGCUGUUAGAAACUUCUCUUAGGUAUUUCUGAUCUGGAACUUAAUUGUCCUGUUGUAGCAUAUCUGGGACAAAAUUCAGAUGUAGUUUUAGGGAUUUCUUUCUGUCUGCUAUGCCCUUUAGGUAUAUGUGUAAGGUGAAAUCUUAAUCUGGGUGAUUUAUAUGUAUAUCUAUGUAACUGAGGCCUUUUUAAUGUUCAAAACAUUUCUCUCUCUCCUUCCACUGUUUGUUCAUUAACAUGCACACUAUAAUGCAAUUCAUGUGCAGUGGAGUUUUCUUGUAAACAAUUAAACAUGUUUAUAUUGAUAUUUUUCUUAACAUUUUGUAUCCUUGAAGCUUCUUUUUUUUCUUGACUAUCUUUUCACUUGCAUUGCUUUCCAGUACUUGAAAUCAUCAACUUUUAUAGACAGCUGAAGUAAAGCGGAAGUGUUUAGGGAAUCUGGUUUGGUGGUCUCAGGAUUGGGUCUCUGCUUUUUGCAGAUCAUGUGGUUCUGUUGGCUUCAUCGGGCCUCAAUCUCGCUAGAGCAACUCACAGCCAAGUGUGAAGCUGUAGGGUAGGGACGAAGAUCAGUGCCUUCAUCAUCUUUAAGGGGAAAAAGGUGGAGUGCGCUCUCCGGGUCAAGAAUGGGGUCCUACCCCAAAUGGAGGAGUUCAAAUAUUUUGGGGUCUUGUUCAUCAGAUAUAUUAGAAUACAAGUGGCCGAAAGUAGUUUCCUCCACAGGGUGGCCGUGCUCUCCCUUAGAGAUACGGUGAAAAGUUCGGUCAUUUAGGAGGUGCUCGGAGUAGAGCUGCUGCUCCUCUGCAUUAAGAGAAAUCAUAUGAGGUGGCUCUGGCAUCUGGUUAGGAUGCCUCAUGGACGUCUGGUCUGGUGUGGUGUUUUGGGCACGUCCCUUGAGGAGACCAAGGACACUCUGGAGGGAUUUAAUCUCUGUCUCGGCUGAAAUGCCUCCGGAUCCCCCUGGAUGAGUUGAAAUGUGGCUGGGGAGAGAGAAGUCUGGGCUUCCCUGCUUAGGCAGCUGACCUGACCUUCGAUAAGCGGUAAGAGGAUGGAUGGAUAUCAUCAACUGCUGAUAGGAAAAGCUGUCCUCCUUGUUUAACCAAAUUAAACAUGUAAACUUUACAAUCAAAACAGCAGUAGAUGCCAGGAACUACAAUAAAUAUUCUUUUACAUAUUGGAAAAUGAGGAAAAAACAUUCAAACUUCCAUGAAUCUCAAAGUUAAUGCAACAAACAAUUUCUCAAUACUUUAAUAUAGUAGCUUCUGGUAUUGGACUAAAAUCACAGGGACUUCGUAUAUUUUAUUAUAUUUGCAUGAAGGUUACCAUGUGAAAGCCAUCCACAAAUGGGUGCUGGCAAAUGAAAGCAAUGCAAGUUUGAAAAAUUCAAAAGGAGUCGAUUUGUUUUGGUGAAAAAAAAAACAAUGUAAACUUACCUUGUUUAUAAGAAAAUACCAAUCUACCUUAGUAUGGAAGGAGUUAAGGCAAAAGAUGAUUGCGCAAUUUUAACAUUUCCACAAAAUGAUAAAACUGUUCUUAAAAGCUCCAGUCACUCUAAAGUGAAGCGUUCUGCAUCAUGUUUGUUUAAGGUUGCUUUGGUUGUUCACAGGAGGUUAUAAUUGCAUUAUCAGUGUGCAUAUGUAUGCGUUGUUUUUCUGUAUAUUUCUGUCUAUUCAGCUGUUUGAGACUCCACUGCAGUCACAUGCUCUCUGUAUAGGAGUGAUGCUCACAAUGUGCUGCAUUUCCCUGGCAUAUUUGUAAAGGGAGCUCUUGUACCUAUUUUUUAUUGCAAAUAAAAAAAUACAUCC